AUGGUAACGAUUGUUGAUGAUUUAGAUUUUUUAACGGUUCAAGAGGCGAUUUUCAAAGAUGUCAAAUAUUACCUCUCCGGCGAUGUUUCCGAAAGGACUAUGCAGUUACUUCAGUCGGGCGGCGGCGACAACACGAAAUAUUUCUCGGAUUACGUUACACAUUUAAUUUGUGGACAAAAUGCCGCUGAUACAGACAUCGACGAAGCUCAGGAUAUCUAUCAGAUACCUGCUGUGACUGAAAAUUGGGUAUUUGCUUGUGCCAGGCUAAAGAAAUUGGCAAAUCCUAAACCUUAUUUCCCUAGCAAAAACAAAAUAUUCACAAAUGUUGUUGCUUGUGUGUCUAAAGUGAGUGCGGCCGACGCGAAGGCUUUAUUCGCGCUUAUAACUUACCAUGGUGGAAAAGUGAAGUUAAAUUUGGAUAAUCAGUGCACUCAUUUAAUCUGUGGCUCAACAUUAGGUAAGAAGUAUAGUGCAGCCCAAUCUAUAUCUCAUAGAAUAAAAAUUGUCACACCAGAUUGGGUUUUAGAAAGCCUAAGAGCUAAGAUACAAGCAGUGGCUGAAGUAUUCCAUCCUAAACUUUUGAUCAUACCUAAACCGCCUCCUAAACCUAUGGAUCGUAUUAGUGCCAUCACAGGGUUUGAUUUUGAGGAAGGUAUUGCCAAGAACGAAGUUCCAACUCAAAAUAUGUCGGAAAAUAAGAAUGAUGACACUAAAGCACUUCUUGAUAAAUUAAAGCAACGGAUGCCUUGGAAUCAUAAUCCGUCUACUGCAAAUUCAUCUUCAAUUUCUACUUCCAAUGCCACAUCUAUGGGCUACUCAACUGCGGUAAAUACGACUAGUAUUGUCACUAAAUCUUUACCUCAGGGAAUUGUAACUCAAAAUGUUCAGAUAUCCGGAGGUCAAAACCCACAGCUUAUACAAAAAUUUGGACAAAAUCCAAAUAUGUCACAAGCAAAUGUUGUUCAAAAUCAACAGAUUAAUAUACAGCAGGGCUAUACACAGGCACAACAGGCUCCACAACCACAUGGCCUGUCCGCAAUACAAAUACAACAGCAAAAAUUGUUACAACAACAUCAGCUCAGGAUGCAAAUGUUACAACAAGGCUUUACACAGCCAAAUGUGUCACAGAUGAAUCAAAAUAUAUCCAGUCAAAUACAGCAGCAUUUACAAUCCAACCAACACCAUGUUCAGCAAUCUCCAAAUAUAACACAACAACAAAACAACACAAUGACAUCUGCGCAGCAACAGAUUGAAAAUAUAAGCCAAAUGCUUAGUCAAAGUGCAAAUAAUUUGCAACAAGCACAGCUAAACCAACAAAGCAUGGCUAUGAAGCAAAGUUUGACUCUGAGUCAGCAAAGUGCAGUUCAAAAUAUUGCUCAGCAAUUAGCUCAGUCUACUCAAAAUUUACAACAAAGUCUACAAAAUGCAAAGCUUAAUCAGAACCUUGGACAGACUCCAGGCAUCAAUCAACAGCAAGGCCAGGGUAUGAUUCAACAGCAGACAGUGCAGUCUCUGACAAAUCAGCAACAAAAUUUAAAUACUCAUGUUCAACAAGGACUUGUAACAUCACAAGCUGGACAGAUGAAUCAAUUAGUGAGCAACACUUCACAACAGUCAGUCAUUGGUCAGCAAAUACAGGGGCAACAAAGUAAUAUGCCAGUUCAAGGUACAUGGCGGCAACAAAAUAUACAAAUGGUUCAGAAUGUUCAAGGUCAGCAUCAAAUUAUCAGAAAUCCCUUAGUACAGUCGAGGAACCCUCAAAGUCAAGUUAUAUUACAACAACAAAUAAUGCAGACGCAACAACAAGCAUUGUUAAAUAACCAACAGUCACAAUUGAGUCCACAACAUUCCGUUCAACAGACUCAGCAGAUUUUACAGCAGUCUAUAGGAUCUCAGGGACAGUCAAUAAAUCAGACUCAUCAUCAGAUAUUGGUGCAGAAGCAGCAGCUAUUGAAUAGUGGAGGACAGCAGCAGAUUGUCCAAGCUCCCCAACAGGUGUUGAUUAACCAGCACACUGGUCAUCAGCAGAUAUUAGUGCACGGAAACCAGCAGGUGUCAUUACAAGGUGGACAGCAAAUAGUAUCCCAAAGUCAGAUUGUCCAUCCAGGGGGACAGUUAGUCAAUCAAAGUGGGCAGCAAAUUCUUACCCAGGGCACACAACAGGUCCUUUCUCAAGGUCAACAUGUUAUUACACAACAAGGUCAGCAGCACCAAGUUGUUAUAGCUCAGUCGUCACAACAGAUUGUGUCCCAACAGGGACAGCAAAUUAUUGGCCAGAAUGUGGGACAGAACCAACAAGUGCUAUCACAAGUGCCCCAAUCCCCUCAGCCAAAUCAGAUAGGCAGUGGGGGGAUACAACAGAUAAUAACUCAUAGUGGAGGUCAACAGAUUGUAUCUCCUGGUGGGCAGCAGAUAGUGCAGGGCGGGCAAAAUGUGGCGUGGCAGCAGCAGCAAUACAUACAGCAGCGGCAGCCUAUCGGACAGCCCGCUGGCGUCGGACAAAGGCCCUUACAAGUGUCGUGGACAGCCGGCGGUGGUGGACGUCAGCUGAUACAUUUGGAUGCGCAGACGCAUGCUCAACUACAACAAAUGGACCCACAGCAGCGCGCUAUGUUCGUGGCUCAACUGCAGAAGCGUCGUCAACUGCAUAUACAGCGGGCGCUGGCACAGCAGCAGCAACCUGUAGUAUCUGGUGCUCCCGGGUCAGGUCUACCCGCGACGCAGAAUGUGACAUUUAUACGUAGUCCGUUGCCGCCCGGCCUAACUCAGCAACAACAACAGGUACAAUGGCAAGUGCAACAGCCCGGGAUCCGAACUGCCACCAUCCCGGCCGCAACUCCUACCACACCUCAAUCUCCAGUUGGUUCGGUAGGCGGUAACGUGGGCACCGUGGGCGGUACGGCAAAUGUGGGCGGCGUAGUAGAGACACAAAUACAGCAGUUGCAGCGGCAACAGCAGUACCGACUACAGCAAUUACAGGCGCAGCGUGAUCACGCGCAUCACCAGGCAAAUAAACAGGCAGCCGUGACUCAACAUGUCGUAACUCCCCUACAGGAACAACAGGUUGACGCGAUUUUAACGCCAACGACACCUGAACAACAAGGCGGCGCAGGCGCACUACUUGUGAAUCCAAAGACAAAGACCGCUCUAGCGAAUAUGCUGUCCAUACGCCUUCAAGGCACCGCACCGCCCAACGAUCAUGAACCAUCCGCGGCCGGCACGCUAAGGUUAAUGACCGCUGCGCACGCGGCUAGCGGGGCAGUUCGUGCGCCGACGAGGUUGCUGCUAGGGGCAGCACAUCAUCCACAUACAGUGCCGACACCGGGUGUCGGUGCAGUACAAGUGGGUAACAAAGUGUACGGUGGGGUUGGUACAGUGGGGGCGGUGCGAGCAGCUCCACCACGAGCGCAGUUCUACGGACACAAUCCUAAUCUCAAACUACCGCCAGAUCUCUUCCUACUUGGCUGUGUCUUUCAUGUUGUUGAGUAUCAGCAGUCCGUGGGCACAGACCGCGUGUCCCGUUGGACCGAGGCGAUCCAACGCCGCGGCGGUGAAGUGGAGGCGGGCUACUGCGCAAGAGUCACUCACGUGCUCUGUGAAACGCAGCGACAUGGCGUUGUUAUGCAGGCACUGCGGGACGCUAAACGCUGUGUGACCGCGUACUGGGUCUCAGACACAAUGGAGCGUAGGGCUGUGGCUCCUCCAUGGCAGGCCAUCCACCUACCCACGAUGUACUCGCUACGAGAGAGACCAGCGAGGCACCAUCGCGCUGUGCUCUCCGGUUGGAGAAGAGAUGAAAGGCGGCGUCUGGCCUGCUGUUUAAGACAAGUCGGGGCUAAGCUGACUCCGUACAUGACAAGGGACAACACGGUGCUGAUCUGCAAGCGGGCGGAGGGGAACAAGUACAGACGAGCCAGGGAGUGGGCCAUUCCCGUCGUGAGCGCCGCCUGGAUCACAGACCUGCUGCUCGGGAACAUGACGGCUCUGAUGCAGAUAGAGAAUGCAAAAUAUCAACAGUUCAACUUGGCCAGUCCAUUUCGACUGGAUUACGGAUUGGUGUCGCAUCUCAUGAAUGCGUGGAAAAUGCCAAUAAACAUAACGCAAGAGUCGCACGAGCGGGCUAAACGGGCGGCGGCGGCUGCGGGCGAGCGGCGCGCUAAACGGCCCCGACUCGAUCCCUCCCCUUCGCCUGUGUCCACGCCUACCCCGGCCGCGUCUCCACACCUUGUUGCUCCACCUCCCCUCCAUCUCGCUCCGCGUGUUCUCUUCUCUAACGUGACACCGUCAGCUCAAAUGAGGCUCGCUGCUACGGUCAGACAACUUGGCGGCCUAGUGGUUACAUCCGCAGCCGAGGCAACCCACCUAGUCAUGGAGAAACUAGUGCGCACGUGCAAGUUGGUCAGCUGUUUGAUUACUGUCAAGCACCUCCUCACGACAGAGUGGGUGGCAGAGAGUCAACGACACAACAAAUUCGCCGACGAGGCCAAAUUUGCACUCCGCGAUGAGGAGUUCAACAAAACCUUUAAAUGUGACGUGGAUGAAGUCCUACUUGGCGGGGAACAGAGAAAGAAACUAUUUGAGGGUAUCACCUUCUUCCUCACACCCUGUGUUAAGCCUGCCAAAGCGAGUCUGACAGAAAUGAUAGAAUUGUGCGGCGGUAAAGUAGAGAAAAACAGACGGUCGUACGUGUCGAUACAGGAAAUGCACAACGCCAGACCGUAUAGCUAUCUCGUUCUAACUGUCCCCAACGAUCUGCAUUUGGUGUAUUAUCUUCUACAAUCGGAGAAAACGUUGAACGUCGUCUGCAGCACUGAAGUGGUCCUGUCAGCUAUAAUGCGCCAAAAGUUGGCGAUAGAAGAGUUUCUCGUGAAAAUAGAUUGA